AUGAUUCUCCUAAAAAAUUAUCUUGCUCUCACUGAACAGGUUGAAACCGUAAAGAAAUGUCAAGAAUUAGGUCUUGGCCCAGGAGGGUUUUACCAACCUGGUUACCAAGAUGGGGCAAAACUUCGUCUACAGAUGAUGUGUCUUGGUCUGAAUUGGGACCCUCAGACAAGAAAAUAUGAAGACCGACGCCUAAUUGAUGGUUCUAAACCCCCUGGUAUUCCUCAUGAAUUUAGUUUGUUGGUUAAAAGAGCAAUGACAGAUUCUCAUGACCUACUCAAAAAGCACUGCAGAAUAAGUGACGCAGAGGACAUAAUUCCUCAGAUGUCUCCAGACAUAUGCAUAGUCAACUUCUACGGAACCAGCGGGCGACUUGGUCUCCAUCAGAGGGAAGUUGAUAAGGCAGAGAAAGUGCUACUGGAGUCGGGAGAUGUAUUGAUAUUUGGUGGCAAAGCUAGACAUAUUUUCCAUGGAGUGUUGUCCAUUAUUCCAAACUCAGCUCCUCGUGCCCUGUUGGAAGAAACAAAUCUCCGCCCUGGUCGUCUCAAUCUUACCUUUAGACAAUUCUGA